UGGUUUCAGAUUGUGAUUUUAUGUCCAGUGCGGCCUCUGCCUCUAGCCGGAGCCGAGUUUUGGGAUUGUAUAAGCAGAUCUUGAAGCUUGCGAAAAACUGGAAAGCUAAAGAUGCUGAGCGGACGUUGAUAGAACGCAAGGAUAUCGUGAAUGAGGCGAAGCAGACCUUUCGCGAAAACAAAGAGGUAUCUGAUCCAAAUCGAAUUGCCGAACUGAUACUGGAAGCAGAGAAACGUAUUGUACAAGCUGAACAUUAUGGAAUCCCUUACGACCGGCCAGACUACGUCGAGCCUCAAACAGCUUAUAACGUCAAUAUCGCCCGCAAGAAGUUCACUAAAGUCACCAGAAAAGAUCGACAUUGAGAGGUGUUCAGGCAUUUCUGUAAAUGAUUUUGGACCUACUGCGCAAACGUUUAUUCGUCGCUAUUUUGCUGGUUCGAAGAUAUCUGAGGAGGUUCUAGAUGAUUUGGUCAACUUAUGUUCUGAAGAUGAGAAUUUCUACCAAAUUUUUGUGAAAAGCGUGCUUUGUAAUAAGUUGCUAGACGAGUAUUCUAUCCGGACUAGCUAUAGACGGAAGCUUCUAAAGACUUUGAUUGAAAAGCUGGAGCAUUCUGGCGUUGAAGUGUUGGACGAGAUUUACGAUAUCUGUGCAUCUGCCAUGAUAGACACUGCUGAUUAUUCCUAUCGGAUAUUUUUAAAUGACAACUUCAGUCAACUUCUUGUCGUGCUUCGAGAAUCAAAUCAACAGUUGUGUUAUGGAACCACAGGCCUAUCUUUAUGGCAGGCAUCUUGUGAUCUGGCCAAUCUUCUUUGUCGUUUCAUUGACUUGUCGUCCAAAAUUGUUCUCGAGCUUGGUGCAGGAUGCGGUCUAGCAGGUAUUGCCGUAGCGCGGACUUUUUCUGGCUGUAAUGUGCUCCUUUCCGACUAUGACCCAAAAGUGCUGAACCAGCUCAAGUACAAUGUUGACGAAAAUCUGAAAAAAGGCUGCUCCCAUGUAAAAGUGCUAAACCUGGACUGGACCUCAUUUAGCGCCGGCCAUUUGCCAGAGCUUCCAGAUGUAGUUAUAGCCGCAGAUGUUGUUUACGAUUGCUCAAUCCUACCUGCUUUGUGUGGUGUUUUACGCACCUGCAUUUAUGCGAAGCAGGGAUGUUGUGCCUAUAUUGCGUCCACUCUCCGUGAUCCUCUUACUCUACAGUCUUUCAAGAAUUGCUUAGACACUAGUGACCUCCAAGUAGCUGAAGAGUUACGGUAUCAGUAUGAAAAGUACACUUUCUCAGAUGGCUCCAGGUUCAGAUGCACCUCACUUUUUCCCCAUUCAUCUACCUUGGAUGCUCCUACUAUAAUAUAUAAAGUUGUUAGGAAGAUGAUGUCUUGCUCUUCCUCUUCAUCCACGCAAGUGUCUCGCAAAGAAGUGGAAGCAGCUUUUGCCAUGUGCAAUGAGGAACAACCUCAUCUGUUGAAGUUAUCUGACUUGAAACUUGUUAUGCGUGCACUUGGUUUUGAUCCACGUAAUGCGCAGAUCGACCAAAUGACAAUGAGGUUUCGGGAAAUGCAAAGAACCAAAGUCGGAGGCCAUCAAGAGGCUGAUCAUAUGGAUGUCGAUGAGUUUCUUGAGAUACUGAAGGAAGAUGGUGGAGAGAAAGACGAGACUGCUGAUGAAAUGCGCAGCGCAUUCAAGCUUUUUGACAAAGAGGGAAAAGGCUGGAUAACGGCGGAAAAUCUCAAACAGGUUGCUCAGGAACUUGGUGAAGAAUUGAGCGAAGAAGACUUAGAGGAGAUGAUCAAGGAAGCUAGCAAAGAUGCAGAAGGACGAGUGGCAGAAGCAGACUUUUUUGCAAUCAUGAAGAGGACCUGUCUUUACUGAUCUCUCGAAAUGUUUUGGCAGCUGUAAAAACAAAGAGUGAUCUAGUGUUGGACAUUAACUUGUGUG